UCGCCAAAGAGAUUCAGGGCUUUAGCGCGAGCGGGGGGGAGUGGGCGAUUGUGGAGAGCGCCUUGCCCGAUUCCUCGCGAGAAGUGGAUUGUGAAUCCAAACGAAAGGAUUCCCCGGGAAUUCUAUUGUUUUUUCCACUCGCUCGCCGCGUAGCUUGAAGAUGACAGCACUUAACGUUGGAGGUCUUCACGUAGCUUGUGUUUCUCACCCAAGCUUUGUACGCUCGGUGAAAGAAAAAUCCCUCUGUACGUGUAGCUACGUCGAGAACACGAAUCUACAAUCGUCCUGGACGCACAGUUUUUCAAAGAUUGUGUUGAGAUCCUCACCACUUGAUCCACACGGAUAUCUUAUGCUGUUUCCAAAAGCAACGAACAGGAAACGAACUUUUCGUGCUGUAUCAUUCCAAGACGUUGCCGAGAACGAGUCCGACGGCAACGACUCACCGACAUCAUCCUCCUCGACGCCUACGCUGGACUGGCAACAAAGAGAAAGAUUGUGGCAGCAGUUACAAGGCUCGCUGCAGCACUGGAGGCAAAACUUAAAAGAUCGCGGAUCUCUCCAGGUCGCGAGGGAGCUCCUGGCAAUCACGGAAGUUAGAAGAAAGAGCGCCGACGCGAAACAGGUGUUGAAGCAAAAGCUGCAGACGCUAAAACCUCCCCAACCGUCGACACUUUGGUCGAGCAUCCAUCCCGCGAUAAAAUGGCCGGUGAUCGUAUUUGGCAUUUUCUACGCGGCUGUGACUGUCCGGUUUGGAAAAGCAGUCUCGGAUGAUCUGUGGCGAGUAUGGACGCUGGGCCCUCUGGCCAUGAGCUUUUAUAUCCAGGCAGGGAUUUACGCUGGAAGCUUGUACCAAAAGUAUGGAGCAGCGAGGGUCCAGGCACUAAAUCAGCGAGGACUCCAACUCUUGUCCGACGUGAGAACGGGAAGGCUCCAACAGGAGUUGAGAACAGGCAUCUCCAACGCCAAGAAGUUUGCGUCGAGCUCCAGAGUUUGGGCGAUCCAGUACGUGAAAACUCAAGCUCUUCGCGAUCUCAGGGAAGCGUUGGCUCGCUUGGCGCUGUGGUUGUAUACCAAGUACGAGGACGCCAUCGACUGGCUGUGGCCAUCGUGGAGGGUCUUCGCGAGGCUCUUGCGGAACCUCCUUUGAGAAGAUGGAAGCUUUCAUCUCCAUCUUCGUCCAUCGCUACGAGCUUCCAUUUCCGCUUCGUCCAUCGCUACUUUUCGGUUUUUCCAGGCAGAUAUCAAUUUUUUGGGCCGCGAAAGGAAUGCCUUCUCGAUGUCUGCUGCUUGGCUGCUACACUAAAAUUUUUCUCUUAUGGAAUUAUACUCCGUUGUAACGUUUUAUAACUUUCGCUCAAA